AUACAUCACUCCUUCGUUUCUUCUUUCUAACACACUUUGAGUCUUGAAGGUCAACAACGUCGAGAACAAUGGCAUCUCUUUGUGCUUCUUCUGCCAUCGCCGCCAUUUCUUCUCCAAGUUUCUUGGGUGGGAAGAAACUGAGGCUGAAGAAGAAGUUGACGGUUCCAGCUGUGUCCAGGCCGGAUGCGUCGGUGCGCGCCGUUGCAGCAGAUCCAGAGAGACCGAUCUGGUUCCCCGGAAGCACUCCUCCAGAGUGGCUCGACGGUAGCCUCCCCGGUGACUUCGGAUUUGAUCCUCUUGGUCUUUCAUCGGACCCAGACAGUCUAAAAUGGAACGUACAAGCAGAGCUAGUCCACUGCCGAUGGGCUAUGCUAGGAGCCGCCGGGAUAUUCAUCCCUGAGUUUCUAACGAAGAUCGGAAUCCUCAACACUCCGUCGUGGUACACGGCGGGAGAGCAGGAGUAUUUCACGGACAAAACCACACUCUUCGUCGUUGAGCUGAUCUUGAUCGGAUGGGCCGAAGGACGUAGAUGGGCAGAUAUCAUCAAGCCCGGUAGCGUGAACACAGACCCAGUCUUCCCAAACAACAAACUGACGGGCACAGACGUUGGUUACCCGGGUGGGUUAUGGUUCGACCCGUUGGGUUGGGGAUCCGGUAGCCCGGCUAAACUCAAGGAGUUGAGGACCAAGGAGAUCAAGAACGGAAGGUUGGCUAUGUUGGCAGUGAUGGGUGCUUGGUUCCAACACAUCUACACCGGCACUGGUCCUAUUGAUAACCUUUUUGCACAUCUUGCUGAUCCUGGUCACGCCACAAUCUUCGCUGCUUUCACACCCAAGUGAGACAACAAAAAAGGGUCGUGGGAGGGACGAGAAUGCGUUUGUGUGAUCAUGUUUGUACAAAUAUCGUUUUUGAACUUCAAAUAUUAUGUAUUUAUAUAAAUUGUGGUCGAAUGCAAAUUAGGGUUUACCGUAACAUGCUCUUGUCCUGACUCAAUAAUGCUCAUAAGGUUGCUUUUACGUUGUCAGUCGGA